AUGAUUGCAGACAUUCUAGGGGUCCAGAAAACAACAAUUAAAAAUGUCGUUAACUUAAAUGAAAGACUGAAGGCAACAAAGCCUCCGCGUAAAAAGGGACCUACUGGAGUCGCGCGAGAAGUACUCCAACUCUAUGGAAAUGCGUCCCUAGCAUCGUUACCGAUACAAGCGAGCGAAGGCUUUAAAAGUCGUCGUGAUGGAGAAACAACUCGAUGGGUUUGGUGCGAAUUCAGUAAUUCGGCACAUCCCGCAAAGAUUCAUCUACAUCAUUGGCAUCGAUUGAGUGACACAAAGAAGAAGGACGAAGAUGAAGAUAUUCAGAUGAAUGAGAACGAUCAAAAGCCAUGUUGCAAGUUUAGGGCUGUCUCAGAUUAUGGACCGGCUUCGUUUAACAAGAAGGCACAAGUUGUUCGCUAUUCACCUUCAUUUUAUGCGAAACAUGUUGCGCCUUCUUCAGUUGGAUGGAGUUCCUGGGAAACGGAUUAUCUUUUCGAUUUGUGCGACGAGUUUGAUUUGCGAUUCACAGUAAUCUAUGAUCGUUACGCACCUCUUACACUCUUAAGACAAGCUCUUUCAAAGGCAAAGGGCGUCCAAACAGAUACGAAGGUGAAGCACGUAUCAAAAUCAAGGAAGAAGUCAGAUUCAAUCGUCCUUGGGUCGUUCUCAGCCACAGCGGCGUUAUCCUUGAUGCCUGCUGAUCGCAUUAAAAGCCUUGUCGAACAAAUUGAACCAUAUCAACCAAGACCAUUAGAAUCGUUGAAAGACAGAUAUUAUUCUAUCGCAAGAAGUUUAGUUGAACAUGAAUUUAGAAAAAAAAUCCAAUCAGUGGAAGCAAGGUUCAAUGAAAUGUCCCAAACGAUCGGAAAUCAAACAAAUAUUGAUGCAUUGGCUCAUCAAAAAGCCCAGUUAGUGGCCGAAACAAAAGAGGAGUUGAACAGGCACCCAUAUAUCAAAUUUCAUUAUGAGUAG